GCCUUUUUUUAUGUUUCCUGCCCCAUCGCCAGUUGUUCUCCCAUCGCUCUCCUGCUCUUGCUUCCACUGGUAGCUCUCUCGCUACCUCUCCAAACCCAGCGCCAAACCUAGGGUUUCCUCUCCUUCGCUCUUCUCUUCUCCGAGCUCUGGUCUCCCGGUUCUUUCUAACUCCUUCCAUGCCGAGCUUUACUUCGUAGGCCCCUCAAGAACCAGGUGUUCUCGAGAAGGUCGGCGAGAAAUGUCUUCUUCCAGAAGGGGACCGGAGCAGCCGGUCCAGAAGCGGAUUCUCCGGACACAGACUGCGGGGAAUCUCGGGGAGUCGAUCUUUGACAGUGAGGUCGUGCCAUCGUCCCUCGUCGAGAUCGCUCCCAUCCUCCGUGUGGCCAACGAGGUCGAGUCCAGCAACCCUCGGGUCGCUUACCUCUGCCGUUUCUAUGCAUUUGAAAAAGCUCACCGCUUGGAUCCAACUUCGAGCGGGCGUGGUGUUCGUCAAUUUAAAACUGCACUUUUGCAGAGGCUGGAAAGGGAAAAUGAUCCAACUUUAAAGGGAAGAGUCAAACAGAGUGAUGCUCGUGAAAUGCAGAGCUUUUAUCAGCAUUAUUACAAGAAGUAUAUCCAAGCACUUCAAAAUGCUGCUGAUAAAGCUGAUCGUGCUCAACUUACCAAAGCAUAUCAAACUGCUGCUGUCUUAUUUGAGGUUUUAAAAGCUGUCAAUCUGACACAAUCUCUUGAUGUUGAUCAGGAGAUCUUGGAGACUCACAAUAAAGUUGAGGAAAAGACAAAGAUUUAUGUCCCUUACAAUAUUCUCCCUCUUGAUCCUGAUAGUGCAAACCAGGCCAUCAUGCGGUAUCCUGAGAUUCAAGCUGCUGUUUAUGCUCUACGCAAUACCCGGGGCCUCCCAUGGCCCAAGGACCAUGAGAAAAAGCCUGAUGAAGACCUACUUGACUGGCUUCAGGCUAUGUUUGGUUUUCAGAAGGAUAAUGUUUCAAAUCAAAGGGAACACUUGAUUUUGUUACUUGCAAAUGUCCACAUCCGUCAAUUUCCAAGGCCCGACCAACAACCAAAGUUGGAUGAACGUGCACUAAACGACGUGAUGAAGAAACUUUUUAAGAACUAUAAGAAAUGGUGCAAAUACUUGAAUCGCAAGAGUAGUCUAUGGUUGCCAACCAUCCAACAGGAAGUGCAACAGCGCAAGCUACUAUAUAUGGGUCUCUACCUUCUUAUAUGGGGUGAAGCUGCCAACUUGAGAUUCAUGCCAGAAUGCCUUUGCUACAUCUAUCAUCAUAUGGCAUUUGAACUGUAUGGUAUGCUAGCUGGAAAUGUGAGCCCAAUGACCGGCGAGAACAUAAAGCCCGCAUAUGGGGGUGAUGAAGAAGCCUUUCUAAGAAAAGUUGUGACUCCAAUUUACCUAGUUAUAAAAAAGGAAGCUGAAAGGAGCAAAGAAGAAAAAUCAAAGCAUUCACACUGGAGAAAUUAUGAUGAUUUGAAUGAAUAUUUUUGGUCAGUCGACUGUUUCCGCCUAGGCUGGCCUAUGAGAAAUGAUGCCGAUUUCUUUUGCCAACCGCCAAAGUUGCGAAAUAACGAGAAAAAUGGAGAGGACCAACCAACCAGUAGUGAUCGAUGGACUGGAAAAAUAAAUUUUGUUGAGAUACGCUCAUUUUGGCAUAUCUUUCGAAGUUUUGAUAGAAUGUGGAGCUUCUUUAUUCUAUGCCUACAGGCCAUGAUUAUUGUUGCUUGGAAUGGCGGGUCACCAAGUGAUAUUUUUUAUGCCGGUGUAUUUAAGGAAGUGUUGAGCAUAUUUAUAACUGCUGCAGUAAUGAAGCUGGGACAAGCCAUCCUUGACGUUAUUUUGAGCUGGAAAGCAAGGAGGAGUAUGUCUUUUCCAGUUAAGAUGAGAUAUAUUUUAAAGGUCAUCUCAGCUGCUGCCUGGGUGAUAAUUUUACCGGUAACAUAUGCCUAUACUUGGGAAAACCCUACGGGCCUAGCAAGGACAAUUAAGAACUGGCUUGGGGAUGGUCGAAAUCAACCUUCGCUAUAUAUUUUAGCAGUGGUCAUAUAUUUAUCCCCAAAUAUGCUUGGUGCUUUGUUGUUUCUAUUCCCAUUCCUGAGACGGUUUCUUGAGAGGUCAAACUAUAAGAUUAUAAUGCUCAUGAUGUGGUGGUCUCAGCCUCGUCUCUAUGUUGGAAGAGGGAUGCAUGAGAGUUCAUUCUCCCUUUUCAAGUAUACAAUGUUCUGGAUCCUUCUUAUAGCUGUAAAAUUGGCAUUUAGCUACUACAUUGAGAUCAAGCCUCUUAUUCAGCCAACAAAAGAUAUCAUGGCAGAGCCGAUAAAAAAUUUUCAAUGGCAUGAGUUUUUUCCGAGAGCCAAUAACAACCUCGGUAUUGUGAUUGCAUUAUGGGCUCCAAUUAUUCUUGUUUAUUUCAUGGAUACACAAAUCUGGUAUGCAAUUUUCUCCACAUUAAUUGGUGGUAUAUAUGGCGCUUGCCGUCGUCUUGGAGAGAUUCGCACUUUAGGAAUGUUAAGAUCCCGUUUUCAAUCACUGCCUGGUGCAUUUAAUGGCCGCUUGAUUCCAGUGGAAAAGUCUGAAACAGGCAAAAAAAAGGGUUUUCGGGCUACUUUUUCCACUAAACAUCCUGAGGCACCAGCUAGCAAUAAAGAGAAGGAGGCAGCAAGAUUUGCUCAAAUGUGGAAUAAAAUAAUCACCAGUUUCCGAGAUGAAGAUCUUAUAAGCAACAAGGAAAUGGACUUGUUGCUUGUUCCAUACUGGGCAGAUCGUGAUUUGGGCCUUAUGCAGUGGCCUCCGUUCUUACUUGCUAGCAAGAUCCCAAUAGCACUGGACAUGGCCAAAGAUAGCGAUGGAAAGGAUCGUGAUCUGAAGAAGAGAAUCAAUGCAGAUAGUUAUAUGUUCUGUGCUGUUCGAGAGUGCUAUGCAUCAUUUAAAAACAUCAUAAAAUAUUUAGUUGAUGGUCAGCGUGAAAAAGGGGUCAUAAAUGAGCUUUUUCAAAAAGUUGAUGACCAUAUAGCCAAUGACACUUUGAUAACACAACUAACUUUGAGCUCUCUCCCGAGUCUGUACCACAAAUUUGUUGAAUUGAUUAAGCUACUGAUGGAAAAUAAGGGAGAAGACAGAAGUCAGGUUAUCAUUCUUUUCCAAGACAUGCUUGAGGUGGUAACAAGGGAUAUAAUGGAUGAACUACCUCCUGGCCUUCUAGAUUCUGCCCAUGGAGGGCCAUAUAGAAUGCAUGAAGGAAUAACACCAUUGGACCAACUGGUGGCUCAGUUAUUUGCAGAAACUGGAGCUAUUAAAUUUCCUUUACCAGAAUCAGCAGCUUGGACUGAAAAGAUCAAAAGACUUCAUCUGUUGCUCACAGUAAAGGAAUCUGCAAUGGAUGUGCCAACCAACCUGGAUGCUAGAAGGCGGAUAUCUUUCUUUGCUAAUUCUCUGUUUAUGAAUAUGCCCAAUGCACCCAAAGUCCGAAACAUGUUAUCAUUCUCUGUCUUGACUCCCUACUACACAGAGGAUGUUCUUUUCUCUGUUCAAAAUCUCGAGCAGCAAAAUGAAGAUGGGGUUUCCAUUCUAUUCUACUUGCAGAAAAUCUAUCCAGAUGAAUGGACCAAUUUCCUUGAGCGGGUAGGAUGCCAGACAGAAGAACAACUUCAUCAGAAUGAGGAAUUGGAAGAGCAACUCCGUCUUUGGGCAUCAUAUAGAGGCCAGACUUUGACGAGAACUGUCAGAGGUAUGAUGUAUUAUCGAAAAGCUUUGGAACUUCAGGCUUUCCUUGACAUGGCCAAAGAUGAAGAUCUAAUGGAAGGUUACAAAGCAGUUGAAUUAUCAUCUGAGGAACACUCAAAAGUUGGAAGAUCUUUGUGGGCACAAUGCCAAGCUGUAGCUGACAUGAAAUUUACAUAUGUGGUUUCCUGCCAGCAAUAUGGUAUUCAGAAACGAGCUGGUGAUCCUCAUGCACAGGAUAUACUAAGACUCAUGACAACGUAUCCAUCUCUCCGUGUCGCUUAUAUUGAUGAGGUUGAAGAGCCUAGAAAAGAUAGAUCUAAGAAGAUAGAAAAGGUUUAUUAUUCUGCAUUAGUGAAGGCUACUUUAGCUAAGGCUGAUGAUUCUGCUGAACCAGUACAAAGUCUUGACCAGGUAAUCUAUCGGAUAAAGCUCCCUGGUCCUGCCAUUUUGGGCGAAGGAAAGCCAGAAAAUCAAAAUCAUGCUAUUAUUUUUACCCGUGGUGAAGGUUUACAGACUAUAGACAUGAACCAGGAACAUUACAUGGAGGAGGCCUUAAAAAUGAGAAAUUUGCUGCAAGAAUUUUUGAAAAAGCACGAUGGUGUAAGAUAUCCAUCAAUACUUGGGGUUAGGGAGCAUAUAUUUACUGGAAGUGUUUCCUCUCUUGCAUGGUUUAUGUCAAAUCAGGAGACCAGUUUUGUGACUAUUGGACAGCGUAUACUUGCCAACCCUUUAAGGGUUCGAUUUCAUUAUGGUCAUCCAGAUGUCUUUGAUAGACUUUUCCACUUAACCAGGGGUGGUGUAAGCAAAGCGUCCAAGAUCAUCAAUCUGAGUGAGGAUAUAUUUGCAGGUUUCAAUUCAACACUUCGUGAAGGCAACGUCACACAUCAUGAAUAUAUGCAAGUUGGUAAGGGGAGAGAUGUGGGUCUUAACCAGAUCUCACUUUUCGAGGCAAAGAUAGCAAAUGGGAAUGGGGAGCAGACGUUGAGUCGUGAUAUCUACAGGCUUGGGCAUCGUUUUGAUUUCUUUAGAAUGUUGUCAUGUUACUUUACUACUGUGGGCUUCUAUGUCAGUAAUUUGGUCACAGUCCUAACAGUAUAUGUAUUUCUCUAUGGUCGCUUAUAUCUUGUUCUUAGUGGGCUUGAUGAAGCGCUGGCCACUGGGAAGAAGUUCAUACAUAACGAACCUCUCCAAGUUGCUCUUGCUUCCCAGUCUUUUGUGCAACUUGGUAUCCUGAUGGCUCUUCCUAUGAUGAUGGAAAUUGGUCUAGAAAGAGGUUUCCGCAAGGCACUAAGUGAUUUUGUGCUGAUGCAGUUACAAUUGGCUUCUGUCUUCUUUACAUUUUCUCUUGGGACUAAGACACACUAUUAUGGAAGAACAUUGCUCCAUGGAGGUGCAGAAUAUAGAGCCACUGGUCGUGGAUUUGUGGUCUUCCAUGCCAAAUUUGCUGACAACUAUAGGUUUUAUUCUCGCAGUCAUUUUGUCAAGGGCAUCGAAUUGAUGAUUUUGCUUAUUGUUUAUGAAAUCUUUGGCCAGUCGUACAGAGGUGCAGUUGCAUAUAUCUUUAUAACCGUUUCUAUGUGGUUUAUGGUGGGCACAUGGCUUUUUGCCCCUUUCCUUUUCAAUCCUUCAGGCUUUGAGUGGCAAAAGAUUGUUGAUGACUGGACUGAUUGGAAUAAGUGGAUUAACAACCGCGGGGGGAUCGGUGUGCCACCAGAGAAAAGCUGGGAAUCUUGGUGGGAAAAAGAACAAGAACAUCUUAAGUAUACAGGGAAGCGUGGGACCAUUCUCGAGAUAGCACUUGCAUUGCGCUUUUUUAUAUACCAAUAUGGGCUCGUCUAUCACUUGCAUAUAACAAAACAUACCAAAAGCGUGCUGGUUUAUGGUGUUUCCUGGCUUGUGAUCUUGGUCAUAUUGCUGGUCAUGAAGACGGUAUCCAUGGGAAGGCGGAAAUUCAGUGCAGACUUUCAGCUUGUUUUCCGGCUGAUAAAGGGACUUAUCUUUGUAACUUUUGUUUCUAUACUGAUCAUAUUAAUAGUCAUCCCGCGCAUGACACUGCAAGACAUUUUUGUUUGCAUCAUUGCAUUCAUGCCAACUGGAUGGGGGCUGCUUCUGAUUGCACAAGCUUGUAGGCCUCUUGUUCGAAGAGCUGGGUUUUGGGGAUCCGUCAGGGCACUUGCGCGAGGAUACGAAAUUAUCAUGGGCCUUCUUUUGUUUACCCCAAUUGCAGUCUUGGCUUGGUUCCCUUUUGUAUCUGAGUUCCAAACAAGAAUGUUAUUCAAUCAAGCCUUCAGCAGAGGUUUGCAGAUUUCUCGUAUUCUAGGCGGCCAGAGGAAAGAUCGCUCAUCUCGCAACAAGGACUAGAUCAGCUUCGCAUUGGAACUCACUGCUGUGGAUACUUUCAUCCCUACUUCCACCCUUUCUAUUCCUUGUUAUAAUCAUCAAGAUAUUGUCCGUCUCGGCAUGGUUUAUUGUGAUAAUUUAUUAAUCAAAAUGUCACUGUAGAUUGUCGAUGUAAGAUGGGUAUUGUGUGUUGUUAAUGAGAUGAUCCCAGUCUCAGGAUAAAAUGGCCUCUGCCUAUUUCAAUUCUGGUAUCUUCACCAGAUUUUUUGAUUUUUUGUUUUUGGCCAACGGUAUGUAAUAUAAAUAUUUGUUCUGUCUGCUGCCCUUUUUUCUGUAGUUUCAGCCACCAAACUGGCACCCAUGCAGCAAUGGCCUCCCUUCAAUGUUAUGAAUGCUUUGAUUUACUGCCGCUUCGUGA